AUGGCCAAGUACCUUACCGCCCCCGUUGCCCGCAAGGCGGGCGCCCACAACCACGCCGUUCGCCGCGCUACCCGCACCCGCGCUUGCUCGCCUCGCGCUGCUGUCCGCGCCUACCGUCGUUGCUCCAGCAACUCUUCUGCCAAGCAGCUCGCCAUCGGUCGCGUUGACCCCCGUCCGACUCGCAUCGUCGUCAGCGACGACAGUGACAGCGAUGACGACGAAGAGGACUACGUCGUCUACUACUCCGACUUCGACGGCGAGUCCGACUAA